CCGCUUCUCCAGUUGGGCUCCCAAAACGUGUCUCGCUUAGAGUGCGGAGGGAGAGAGAGAGAAAUCGAGAGAGAUGAGCACCGAUGGCGGCGGAGGCGGGGAGACUCCGACGGUUCCACCCAACAUGACCAUCUACAUCAACAACCUCAACGAGAAGAUCAAGCUCGACGAACUCAAGAAGUCUCUGCAUGCUGUUUUCUCCCAGUUUGGGAAGAUAUUGGAGGUUCUUGCUUUUAAGACAUUGAAACACAAAGGGCAAGCGUGGGUAGUCUUUGAGGAUGUUUCAUCAGCAACUGAGGCACUUAAACGAAUGCAAGGAUUUCCUUUUUAUGAUAAGCCUAUGAGAAUUCAGUAUGCAAAGACGAAGUCAGACAUAAUUUCAAAGGCUGAUGGAACUUUUACCCCUCAAGAAAGACGGAAGAGGCAUGAUGAGAGAGCAGACAGAAAGAAGCGGGAGCAACACCAUGAUGCUAAUCAAGCUGGGACAGGGAUAAAUUCUGCUUAUUCUGGUGCCUAUGGAGCUGUACCACCGCUGGCUCAAAUGGCUUACGGUGGAGGGGCCAAGUCCAUGCUGCCGGAAACACCAGCCCUGCCCAAUAAUAUUCUGUUUGUUCAGAACCUCCCCCAUGAGACCACGCCAAUGAUGCUGCAGAUGCUGUUCUGUCAAUAUCCCGGAUUCAAGGAGGUGCGGAUGGUGGAAGCAAAGCCAGGGAUUGCUUUCGUGGAGUAUGGGGAUGAGAUGCAGUCUACGGUGGCUAUGCAAGGGCUUCAGGGCUUCAAGAUCACGCAGCAGAACCCCAUGCUCAUCACAUACGCUAAGAAGUAGCCUGCUUGUUUGGCAGAUUACUUUUUUCCCCGAUACCUUCUGAUCCUCGAUACCUUUUUUCCCCGUGAUGUUUUGCUCGCUCGCAGUUUGUGUCAACAAUGUUUCGAUUUUGUCUGUGCUUGAGAUGUGAUUUCUUAUUAGUUAUUCUUCUCAA